AUGGCCCACCCGCCAGUCAUGCAUGCCUCCGCCUCCGCGAUCCCCAUGGAAGCCUUCGCCUCCGCCCAUAGAUCCGCCAUGGGCCCUGACCCCGGUGGCGCCAAGAAUCCACGCCUCGCGCAGCCGCCGCCGCCGCACCCUAGAUCUUAUGCCACCGCCGCUUCCUCCAAUGGCGCCGCCAGCGUCGCCGAGCAAGCACUGGUCGACGAGCUGCUCGGCCAGUACCGGACCACGCUCGGAGAGCUCACCUUCAACUCCAAGCCCAUCAUCACCAACCUCACCAUCAUCGCCGGUGAGAACCUCUAG